UGCACUUUUGAUACAUGACUAUUGUGUUUUCGCCCACACAUGGUCCUUCCGGCAUUGUUUCCGAUGGUUAAAGUCGUCGGAAAAGGACCACAAAUGGUUAAAAAACAUUAGUCAAGUAUCAAAAGUGGACAAAGUGAAAGACGUGGACUAAAGGUGGAAAUGACACAAAACUCGUAGGACCAAAAGUGGAAUUAAUUCGUAUAAAAGAGUGGUAUAACUUUUAAUUUGUUAGGACAUCUUACAUUUAUAAUCCUUUAUAUAAUUAUAUGCAUGCAUGUAUGGAUUAAAAUUUAAAUAUAUAUCUAUAUAUGUAUAUACUUGUUAAGACCCGGGGUUUCAUCCUAAAAGGUGACUGGACAAUAUCGAGAUGUAUAAAUGUGUCAAACAGACCCUUAACAAGAUACCCUUAAUCAUGAGUGCUAAACAAACAGUCAAACCACAACCGGACUUGACUCGGAUACCAUGUUAAGACCCGGGGUUUCAUCCUAAAAAGUCAACUUGAUAGGAGGAGUAAUACAAAGUUUUAUAUAAUGUUUUAUUGUUUUAUAACUUUCCUGUGUGGGACAAAUACUUUUAACAAUACCUUUAUCUGCUGAUCACUGUUGUUGUAAUUAAAACUAAGUAUGUGUUUUUUUCUCCUUGACUGUGUAAAAGGAUUUGCUGAACGCAGUUCACAUAAUCAAAACCAAAAAGAGGAAAUUCACUAUUCUCAAUGACGUCAGUGGGAUCGUGAAGCCCAGCAGGUUAGUUGGACUGCACAAACCAGGCCAGCCCACUGUUAUUAAACUAACUACCUGAAUUGGGCUUAUUAAUUAAGAAUCUUUUAAUGUCACAACCAGGAUGACGUUGCUGCUGGGGCCGCCGGGCUCCGGAAAGACAACGCUGCUGCUGGCAAUGGCUGGAAAGCUCGAUAAAGACCUGCGGGUGAGCGGGAAGGUGACGUACAAUGGCCAUGAUCUAAACGAGUUCGUGCCACAGAGAACAGCUUCUUAUAUUAGCCAACAUGAUCUCCAUAUCGGCGAAAUGACCGUUAGAGAAACAUUGGAAUUCUCUGCCAGGUGUCAGGGUGUUGGUUCCCGUUAUGGUUCGUCUAUCUUCCCCGCCUGCCUCAAACUGAUGGGGUUUUGUUAGUUAAUCACUUAUCAUACAUUAAUGCAUUUUGAAAAUAUAACAUUUUCUUAAUCUAUCCAUCUCCAGAAAUGUUAGCAGAGUUGUCUAGGAGAGAAAAGGCUGCUAACAUCAAGCCAGAUCCUGAUUUGGAUGUCUUCAUGAAGGCAAGAAUUUAUACUUUUUACUAAAAGUAUUUGCUACUUUUAAUUUCAUUUCAAUGAAAAAGCCUUCUAUUAAUAUGAAUAUAUGAUUACAAAACAAGUAUCCCAUAAUCUCAUCAAACAAACAUCCUACGAUUAGGCAUCGACAUACAAUCGCCCGAAUGAGCAACUCGAGUAGCUGACCACCUAACACACAAGCUUGCUUUAACUUUAGCAGUCCUCAUGCUUCUAAUUGUAUGAAACCUCCACAAAACAUACAGAUCAAGAGUACUGCUAUCCACAAAAAACACAAGCAAAACAAACAAAAACAAUGUAACAAUGGGUCAACACUAGCCAACCACUAAAAGCUCCGCACUGGUUUGCCUGAAACCGCACAUUCAGUCUAUGUAACUACUAACUGGCCAAUAUCAAGUUUUAUUAGAAAAGCCUUUGAUCAAACCCCAACAGCCACGCAUGUCACAGUAUCACAAUAUAACUAGAGCCUUCUGUCAGAAAAGCCUAACUCAUCCAAUAAGUAUCACGAACAUGUGCUAAUUAAUUUAGACGGUUAAACCACCGGCUAGAAAUCCAGUCUGGCCUUGCUCACCACGCCCGCUUCCACCUUGUUUUUUACUUCACAUUAUCACACUCUAAACGGUCGUAUACGACAUUUCAACCGCUCCUCAUCCAUCACUAAGCACCUCCGUGGCUCUGUUUUUGCUCACUAGCAAUCCUAAGAUCUCUUCCUAGCCAUCUCCUUCCACUGUAGUCCUCAUUUGAGAACUUCCCACAUGCCUUAGACCAUAAAGCCAUGGAGACUACAAAGCAAUCAACUGAAAACUCAAAACAUAAUAAUAUGAUUGCAAGCCAGUGGAAAACCAAUGCCACAGAGAUCAUGAGUCAUGAAUGAUUCAAGACGAUGAAAAACAGGCAAUGAAACUCCAGCACGAUGAAAACUAACCUCAAAACUUUGAUCGAAAAAGUUUUGGGACAAACUUCCCAGAGGAGUAAUACCACACCCAGACGGCCAGACUCCAAUAUGACCAGUCUUCUCGCCGAUCAUAACAACAAUCGGAGACAACUCCUUCACUAAAACCUGAACCCUAGGUAGACACAAAGCUACACCUACUCGAGGGAACAGACCUCUGUGUAUAGAUAUUCAAUAUUAUAGUAAUGCUAAAUCAACCCAAUGUAUAACACAACACAAUAGGAAUAAGUACUAUAAACAUAUUGCCAGCACUAAUACUGCCAUAUAAUUUUAAUAGAGAACUUUUCCAAUCGAUUAGCUUUGCUCUUUCUAUUCUAGCUUCUGAUCGAUUAAAUUGCAGGCAGCAGCAACAGAAGGGCAAGAAGCCAAUGUUGUCACCGAUUACAUUCUCAAGGUAAGCAUUUGGAUGGAUGAACAAGAGAACAGAAAUAAAAGCUAUUAAUAAUUUGUGCAGAUCGAUGAGGGAAACUGAUAGAAAAUAAAGAGACUAAUGUAGUUUGAUUUUAUCUGUUUGCGAUGGCUGGCAGAUUCUGGGACUGGACAUAUGUGCAGAUACGAUGGUGGGAGACGAAAUGCUGAGAGGGAUAUCCGGCGGACAGAAGAAGCGAGUGACGACCGGCGAAAUGAUCGUCGGGCCAGCAAAGGCUCUCUUCAUGGACGAAAUAUCCACCGGACUGGACAGCUCCACAACCUAUUCCAUCGUGAACUCGCUCAAGCAAUACGUCCACAUUCUCAAGGGCACCACCGUCAUUUCGCUGCUCCAGCCGGCCCCUGAGACCUAUAACCUGUUCGACGAUAUCAUCCUGUUGUCCGAUGGCUACGUUGUUUACAACGGCCCUCGGGAAACUGUGAUCGAUUUCUUUGAAUCCAUGGGGUUCCAGUGCCCUGACAGGAAAGGCGUUGCUGAUUUCUUGCAAGAGGUGAGUGAAUUCUAAUUCCACAUAUCUUUAAAUCAACAUAGACUAUUAUUGAACUAU